CUUUGUUGUGUGGAUGAUUAAUCCUCUGCUUUGAAAUCCAUGUCAAACUCCAACAACAACAACUCGCUUCUUCAGGACGUCCUUCUGUCGGGUCCCCGCUUCCGCGAGUGUCGCCCGUCGCCCGACGGCUGCUUCCUCGCGUUCGUGAGUGCAGGUCUGCUGCAUGUGCGCAGGACUGACCCGUCGCAGCCCGUCCCGCCGACAGUCUCCUCGUCUGCAAUCCGGACGUUCGCCAAGUCGCUGGGCAGCUCGUCCGUCGCGCUGUCGUCCCUGCCGCUCAGCACAAACACGGCCUAUGGCGGUGGCACGUACUGCUGGACUCCCGACUCGUCGUCGCUGGUGCUUUCGUCGCGCGGCACGCUGUUCCGAGUGUCUGUAACUGGCGGAUUGCCGAUGCCAGUCGUUUCCCCCGACAACCGGACGCUCGAAACCCAGUUUGGCGAUCCCGCGCUCAAGUUGUAUGCCCCCUCAAUUUCUCAGGAUGGCACCAUCUAUGCUGUGUGCGAGGGUCGCAAUCGGAUGCGCAUUGUCGCCAUUCCCGAUGAUGCUACUGCCACUUCUGCCAAUGCUGCCGCUAUUCCGACUGUGGCUGACAACGCACCAGGCGCAUCCUCCUCCUCUGCAGGCCCAUCCAUCGUCCCUGUGGUUGAUGAGAUGCGCGACAUUUUCACGUACGAUCCAUGCACCAGCCCAGCCGACCCAAACCUGCUAGUCUUCCACUCUUGGCGCGCAGCUGCAAUGAUGUGGACGUCCUCUUGGAUUGCGAUGGCCACGCGCACGCACACAUCCGCGCCCUGGGUGGUCCGGUAUUUGGAUGGCGGCGAAGGUGUGCAAGUGGGCUAUCCGCGGUUUUCGCCCGACGGCCAGCACCUGCUGUAUGCGUCAGACCGCACGGGUCGCCUGAGCCUCUGGAUUGCCAGCGCCGCAGACAACUUUGCCACGAGCCGUGUGCUGGUGGACUUGGCGCAAAUUCAAGCCGAGCUUGCCUGGAACUCGUGGUGUGCCGGGACGAGCACUUUCGCGUGGGUUGGUCGCGAUGCCAUUGCGCUUGCGGUUGUUGCAGAUGGGGUCUUUGCCAUGCAUGUGGCCAAACUGGACUUGAGCAGUACGGCUACCGUGCAACUCGGGCUGCUGCGGCCAAUCCAAUCGCUUCCUCGCGGCUUUUACGAAAAUGUCUUUGCGUGCAGCGAUGGCGCGUCUUUCGUGGCCUACUUUUCCGACUACCACACGGUCGGAACAACCUUUUUGGUGUCGCUGUCGGCAGACCGGCGCGCGGAAUCUGCAACCACAGUGCUGCAAGGCGGCUUUGCGCCAGGCUCGCUUAUGCAGCAGGCGAUCGGGCCAAAACCAGUCCAUUUUGCCUUCCCCAUAGACCCCGUUGUUGUGCAGAGCUUGCCACCCGUUGCGACAUGGUCGACAGAGCAAGCAUCAGCACUGACGACGACGGCGUCUCGCGUGGACACUCGCAUCGAUCAGGCGUACGCCCACCUGUACAUCCCCAAGCAAGUGCUCGACGCUGGUGCCGUUUCGGGCGCACCUGCUGGGUUGUUUGGCGUGCCCACGCCCACGCAGACCGCGUUCAUGAUCCACGGGGGUCCGACGGGAAUGGCUACCGACAACUUCUUCCCGCUUGUCUCGCACUUUGUCUCCAAGGGCUGGAUUGUUUGCGCCGUCAACUACCGUGGAUCUCGCGGCUAUGGGCGUCCCUACCGAGAGGCUCUGAACGAAAACUGGGGUGUGCACGACGUGGCCGAUCUGCAAGCUGCUCGCAACUUUCUCAUUCAGGCCGGCAUUGCCGACCCGGCCCGCACCGUGUGCUACGGCGCAUCCGCGGGUGGGUACACUACCCUGAUGGCACUUGCGCUCCACGGCGCAUCGUGGGCGGCUGGCAUUGAUAUCAACGGCGUCACGUCGCUUGCAGCGCUCGAGCAAACCACCCACCUGCUCGAGCGAUUUUACUUUGGGACGCUGGUUGGCACCCCCGCGCAACCUGAUCAACAAGCUCUGCUUUACACGGAACGCUCGCCGCUCACCCACGUCAGUCGCAUCACCAAGCCGCUCAUCAUCUUCCAGGGCGACGCGGACACGGUCGUUCCGAAAGCCCAGGCGCUUGCCAUUCGCGCAGCCGUCCAAGGGCCUGUCGAGUUUUAUAUUUUUGAAGGCGAGGGGCACGUUUUCUCCAGUGCUUCGACCUAUGCGAGCAUGUUUGCACGCGCGGAUGCGUUUUUGGCUGCGCACGUCCCGUAAAGCCUGGAAAAACUGUUACCCCAAUAAAAACCCACAAUCACCAAUGCUCACUUCCCC